GCCUCCCCGGUGCCUCCGCCGUUGAGCCCCGGAACCAUUAGCGGGGCCGGAAAGGACCAAUGUUCAGGGAGCACACGUCACUCACUUUUACCCAAAAACAUUCCCGGCCAGCCGCCGUCCGAAGCUCCCUCCGCCGAACCGACGUCCGAGCGGCGGCUCCCGGUCCAGCGAGCAGCGAGAUGGAGAGCGUGCGGCCGCCGUGUGCGGUCCGGGCGGGCAGCGGAAAACCCGGAGCCGUCCCCGCGCGGCGGCAGCAUCAGUGAAAAUGGCUCCGGCUAACGACUGGAAAACAGCACGCAGACACGGACGGCAGCUAGCUCGGCUCGGCGGCUAGAAGAAGGCGUGACAGGCCGCAGCAUCCCUCCCGCGGCGGCCCCGCCACCGGAGCCGAAGUUUGUAUGUGUUUUGCAGGCAGAUUUACAUGAAAAUGAGAGGCAGAAACUCAUGCUAUGAUAGACGGUGUUCGAGCUCACUCCCCUCCAGCUUCAUCACUCCGAGCACAGGAAACGGUAAGACUCAAAAGCUAUAGGAACUUCUCGGCUGAACACGGAUGAGGAAUCUUGCUUAGGAAAAUGUCAUCGCAGUAAUUCUCAAAGGAAACAAGAAGAAGUUGUUUGAACUGCUUCUCGAUUUAAACAAAAACUAUUCUGAGCAAUUUUGAAAUUAGGUGGAACUCCUCUGCCUGCCAAAAAGACUUUGUUUUUACCCUUUGAUCAUCAGCUUAUCAUCAGCUUCCCCACUCGUUUUGGAAGUAGAGUGCGGGCGGCGGAUGAUCAACAGGGAGUAGCAGCACCAGACGUAAACUAUCUGGAAAGACAAACUUUAGAGUUAAGCCGUCAGCUAUAAAGUUCUGGACUAAAACCACCAGUAGCGUAGCCUUCGCCCUUAGGGUAAAGUUUGUCUGUCGCCAGUCAGUGCUGGAUCAUUGUUGCCGCUUGUAGCGCUGGAGGUUCGGCACCUGCACCCCCAUGUGCCAGUGAGUGGGAAAUGUUCCAAUUUGGAAAAUACAAUCUGGACAUUAUAGAGAUGUUAAGUGGGCACCAGGCCCACCAGUUCAAAGGCCUUGGUUUAGAUCGACAGCUACAGCAUCAGCAGCAAGUGCAACUUCACCAGCAUCAACUCCAGCAGCAGCAGCAGCAGCAGGCUGAGUCAUCUGGAGCUCUUCUGUCUGGACUUGGCUUGGGCCCCCUGCAGGGGUCUAGAGGUAACGCCUUUUCUGAUUCUGCCUCCAUUUUUGCCAAGAUGAGUGCCCCUCCUCCCCCACCUUUACAACAACAGCCUUCCUCAUCUCAGAGUUCUCGUUCAAAGUCAAGCAAGAUGAGCAGCAGCAGCAGCUCAAGCCAUUCUUCAGGCUACCCACAGUUCCUGCGCUCUUUCCACCCGUCUGAGGCAGCACUAGCACAGGAGCAGUUACACCCAGGUGUAGGCCGCUUUGAGCACUUUGCCGGGGGAAGUAGCAGUAGUGGGAGCGCUGGGGGAUUAGGAGGAUUAGUAACAUCAGCACCUCCACCCCCACCUCCUCUGCAUCCCGGCCUCUCUGUCCCCCAGGCAUCACCUGGCCCCUCCUCUUCCUCUCCUUCCCCCUCAACCUCCGUGGCCACCUCUAACAACCCUCCUAGCAGCAGUGCAGUCAGCUCUCUGGGACACCAGUUGGUUGGGGCCCAGUCUGAUGCACGAAGCCUUCACCAACAGUUUAGUUGCAUGUUAGCCGCUAAUCAGUACUUCCUGUCCGGGGUGCCUGCUAACACUAGCUUAGAGCAGUUCCUGGUGCAGCAGGGAACCCAUAACCACUUAGGGCUCGGGUUGAGUCAGACAGGGGGGGAGCCCAGCUCUAGCCUCGCUCCGCCUCCCGCCUUGCAUUCGUCUCACUCUCACGGUCACUCCACCCCCCAGCCACAGCAGGCCCCGCAGCAGCCCCCCCAGCAGCAGCAGCUUCCACCUCACACCCUGUCCCAUCCUCACUCCCAUUCCCACCCCCAUCACCCCCUCCACCCGGGCUCCCAGCCUUCGUCACUGGGCGGCUUUGACUUCCAGGGCAUUCCCGUGCUCUCAUCAAAUCAGAUAGCGUCUCUGAUGCAGCAGGAAGCGGGUCUGCCCCUCCCCUUGCCGCUGCACCUAUCCUUAUCCAAGGAUGACGGUAAAGGGGAGAACAGCGGAGGCGGGAGCAGUAGUGGUAGCAGUAGCAGCAGGAGGAAGAAAGCUAUGGCCGGCUAUUUGCCUCAGAGGAAAUCUGAAAGCAGUAGUAACAGCAGUAGCAGCCAUGGCCACAGCCACAGCCAUGGCCACAGCGGUAAUCCCAGCACGAGUAGUAACGGGGGCCUUAGUCACGGUCAGCCUCCUGCUUUAAUCGGUAGUGGGGUUGGUAUGUCGAACAUGGGUGGAGACCCGUCAUCCCUCCUCGCCUCCUCAUCCUCAUCCUCAUCAGUAGUUUCUUCCUCCUCCUCCUCUGCUCCCUCUUCCACUGCUGCCUCAGUACUGGUUACUAACGAUUCCCACCUUUCUAAAUCCGAUAACCAGAGCUCAAUGCAAGCCAACGCCGCAGAGUCCGAUUCAGAGCCCGUUUAUAGCUGCGGAGAGUGUGGCAAAAGCUUCCCUCACCUCUCGAGCCUUCGCAGGCAUUUGCGCAUGCAUGAGCCAACCACAGCAGGUACUAGCAAUACUGCCACUACUGGCCCAAACCCCAUUCACAUUAAAACACAGCCCGACCCGAGCCUCCCCCAUUCGACCCAAGAAACCCCCUCCCAACCCUCAUCCAAUUCUUGCCCGAGCCCAGACAAAAUAUUUCAUUGCCCUGAUUGUGGCAAAGGCUUUAAGAAAAAAGGGCACCUCCUGCAACAUGGCGUAAUACACUCCUCAGCCCGCCCAUAUGGCUGCUCCACCUGCUCUCGGGCUUUUAAUCGUAGAGAGUCACUGACACGACACGAGAAGAUACAUGAGGAAAAGCCGUUCCGAUGUCCCGCCUGUGGUCGUGCCUUCCGUGAGAGCACCUCUCUACUGAACCAUGCUGCCUCAGGCACCUGCGGCAAGCCAGGCUACCACGAUGACCACCGUUCUCAAGGUAACCCGUCUCCCUGCUACUCUGGUGCCUCCCCCUGUGGAAGUGGGAUGGCGGGCCCCGCUCUGAGAAAGGCACCCCUGGCCCCGACACUGCAUCCACACUCUCAGAGCCACAACCAGCACCACCACCCGCAGCAGCAGCCCCACCUGCCCCUCUCCUCUCUCCUGGACGACUCAGAGGAUGAUGUCACUAGCUCUGUCAAUAACGCAAUCUCCGCUAUAACGGCGGCUAGUAACAGUGGAAAUAGAGGGGAUGAUAGGGGGGACAUCAUAGGAGGUCUGCUAGGUGGUCUCGGUUUAGGACCUCUGGGCUCGCCUUCGUCCACCUCUGGUAUGGAUAAGAAUUUCAGAGGUGGUGGGAGUCAGGAGGCCAUGAGCAGCAACCCACAGAAUCCUACUGCCAAACCAAAACGCCCCCGCAAACCAAGAGCUAAGAAAGACCCCGCGACUGGUGAUCAGCCCCCCAAACGUAGGCAAUACACCCCCAGAAUGGGGCCCAGCGGGCUCCCUCGUACCCACCUCUGCAGUGUCUGCGGUAAGGGGUUUGCACGCCGCGAGACCCUGCGCAGACACGACCGCAUCCACACGGGAGAGAAGCCCCACCACUGCACUGUUUGUGGAAAGUAUUUCAGAGAGGCUUUCCACCUCAGCAAGCAUCAAACAGUCCACUCAGGGGCAAAGAAUUACAAAUGCAGCAUCUGCGGGAAGGAGUUCGGCUACUCACAGAGCCUCAGGAGGCACAGCAAACUCCACCAGAAAGGGGAGCUGGAGGAGGUGCCCACCACGCCGGCCCCGGAGAACAUGAACAGCUUUAACCCAAAUCCUCAAUGUAGCGUGUCCCAAGACCGGAGCCAGAACCAAGCACCGAGCACCUCCUCCUACUACUCCUACUCUCAAGACAUCAAGCCCCAUGACACCAACCCCCAGCAGCAGCAGCCUCCGCCCCAACCGCAGCCCCCGCCGCCGCCUCCUCGACUCUACACCUGCGCCAUAUGUUGGAAGUCCUUCCGCCAUCACUUCCACCUGACCGCCCACCACCAGACCGUUCACGAAGGUGGUGGCGAGAAACUCUUCUGCUGCGAAGUGUGUGGGAAGGCGUUUGCUUACUCCAACAGCCUCACCCGACACCGGCAGUCUCAACACGGCAUGACCCGUGGCGAGUCGUCCAACCCGCAGGAGGGUGGCGGUGGUUCCGGAGACAACCGAGGUGGGGGCGAUGUGAAUCAGUCGGCGUCGGAGAGCGAGGCGGCCACUAACGCCCUGCUGCAGAUGGCUCCCUCCGGUGAAGGCCACGGAGGGCAGAGCCUCAGCGUGGUCACUCAUAGCCACCAACAGCCGCCGCCGCAACCACCAACCGGUUACUCUCCACUGUUCUACGACGCCGCAGCAGCCCAGUCUUCGGCCUCUAACGCCCCAUCCUACUCCCAGCCUCUGCCUCCCAACUCCACCAUCAUGCCCCCGCAGCACCCGCACUCCCCAGCCGGAGUCAAAGGAGAGCACAUAUACCCGGCCGGAUCUCGUAGCCGCACGCUGCACACCACCGCCCCGUUCCAGCCCCUCACGGAGCUGCCCUCCACCGAACAUCACCAUCUGCAUCACCAUCACCAUCACUCCCACCAUCAUCCCCAUCAUCAGUCAGGCACCCAGUCCCACCAGCACCUGGACUGCAGUGUCCAGCUGUCGCACGACGACAUGAGGCGGCACAAGAAGAAAAAAAAAAAGUCCGACAGGAGAGAUUGGAGGGAAAAUAAGUGGGAAUCCCAAGAUUUAGUCAGAUUCGAUGGAGUCAAAAGGAAGAAAAAGAUAAGUUGUACGAUAAGAGGGCAGCUGAGUAAAAAACAAGGCUCUCUCCGCCUGACGAUUAGGCGAGGCGGGGGAUCGGGUGGUGGCGGCUAUAAGCUGGUCAACACUGGCGGAGUGAAGGUGCAGAUCCUGUCAUCUCUCAAAGUCCCCGUGAAACGCUUCGGCUGCCCCAUCUGCCCCAACUCGGUGUUCUCCCGUAAAGCCGGGCUGCUGGUCCACAUGGCGGUCAAACACCCUCGGAAAGCCUCGAGCACUCAGGAGCGGCUAAGAUGCAGUGUCUGCGGGAAGCAUUCUCACCGACCUCUGACGGCCUUCAUCCACCGGGCCUCGCACCGGGCCAGAGGGACCUUCUCCUGCCGGCGCUGCUCCGCUCGCUUCUGGAACGCCGCGCUCCUCCACCGGCACAAGGUGUCGUGCCGCCGCCGGGCCAAAGGGCUGCAGCGAGGAGACGCCAAGAGGCUGAAGCUGUCGAAGAGACCCGGAGAGAGGCAGGGCUGCGAGGGUCCGGAGGAGAUGCCUUUCCUGCAGGGAACAUACAGAUACUGAGCAUCUCAAAACAAGAGGGAAGAUGUUCGGCUCUGAAACAGGAAAGUGAGAGAAAAUAAAGGGACUUGAAAAGGCGUGAGAAUUCACCUCGCGUCUCCGUUGCAUCUGACUAUUAGAGUGAGUGUGUUAACAACUACUGUAGAGCGUCCUCUAAAAUAUCACCAGAAUUUCUUCCAGGUUAUAUUGGAAGGUGUUUUGACUGUUUCCAUAGGAUCAUUAAUUAACCCCUUAAGUGCAUUGACACUACGCUUGGCUGACACUGUGCAGUUACUAGACGAGUUUAGGUGAAAUGACCUGCUAAUGUAUCUCCCAUAACUAGACGCCCCGCUACACCUCUCGCUGUAUGAUAAAUGUCUCUGCUGUGUAUUUCUGUCUUGUUGUUGUUCACUUAGAGGCUCUGAGGAUUUUUUUAAACUGUAAAGUGCAUUUAUUAGGAGUAGGGACACGGGGACAAAGACCUUUUGUUGAUAGUUUGUCGGUGCAUGUUUGUUCUCUGGUCAAGUUCUUUGCUGAGGUUGUGAAAUCACUCCUACAGUAUGUGAUGGUUUAUUCAGUAUAUCCCCAGAACGUUUGUAGUGUAAACUUGAUUUGAAAGUUGCUCUAUAUCCCCUAGUGAUUUAAUCACGUAUAGAUAAAAUGUCAGAGUUUCUGGUAAUUAGCAUUACAAGGAUCCCUCUCCUGCCAAAAUGAAGAAACUUACGAGAAGCCUUGCUUAUGAUGUUCAUUUAUUUGAGAUAUUCCUAGCUUUUAUACCAAGAGAUUGAACACAGGUUAAACAAGUGGACUGUAACACAUGUUUAUCUCAUGUUAUUUGUAUGCUCUUUUUAGCAGUGAUUAUUUCUACAGUACUUCACGGUGUGUUAAAGACAAGGACCUAUCAUGAUAGAAGCAAAUGUACUAUUCCAUGUAUUUAUGUGUGUAACCCAAUCAGUCUUCAUGCCAAUCUUAUACUCACCCCGACUACCUUUUACUUUCUGCCGAGUCGCAAUCACGUUCUUACUGUCGCGCCUUGUUUUUUUGUUUUCUUCUAAAGAAAAAUUAGUUUUAAGUACAUCCUGUCACUUUAUUCGCAUACAUGUUCAAACCCCUGUCAAGCCUUGUUUUUUUUGUUUUUCUUCUAAAGAAAAAUGAUAGUUUUAGUAGAUUUCUAUCACAUUAUUUACUGAGAAGUCAGUAGUUGAUUAUAUUUCAGCAAUGAAUAAACCUUAAGUGUAAUCA